ACUGAGCCAGGAUGGGUGACUGGAGCUUCCUGGGAGAGUUCCUGGAGGAGGUACAUAAGCAUUCCACAGUGAUCGGCAAGGUCUGGCUCACCGUCCUCUUCAUAUUUCGCAUGCUGGUGCUGGGCACAGCUGCCGAGUCUUCCUGGGGUGACGAGCAGGCAGAUUUCCAGUGCGAUACUAUGCAGCCAGGUUGUGAGAAUGUCUGCUACGACCAAGCCUUCCCCAUCUCGCACAUCCGAUUUUGGGUGCUGCAGAUCAUCUUCGUGUCCACACCGUCUCUGCUGUACAUGGGCCAUGCCAUGCACACAGUGCGCAUGCAAGAGAAACGCAAACUGCGGGAAGCUGAGCGGGUCAAGGAGGAACGAGGCGCUGGCUACGAGUACUCCCCUCCGGAGAAGACAGAACUGACCUGCUGGGAGGAAGUGAAUGGAAAGAUCGUCCUCCAGGGCACUCUGCUCAACACCUAUGUCUGCAGCAUCCUCAUUCGCACCACCAUGGAGGUGGCCUUCAUCGUGGGCCAGUAUCUCCUCUAUGGAAUCUUCCUGCACCCCCUGCAUGUAUGCCACAGGAGUCCCUGCCCACACCCUGUCAACUGCUAUGUGUCCCGGCCUACAGAGAAGAAUGUCUUCAUCGUCUUUAUGCUGGCUGUGGCUGGGUUAUCUCUCCUUCUCAGCCUGGCUGAACUCUAUCAUCUGGGCUGGAAGAAGUUCAAGCAGCAAUGUGGCAAGUCACCUCAGGGCAUGGCCGAGAGCCAUCUUUCUGGCCACUCUUCCAGUGGAGUCCAGAGUUGCACCCCACCCCCUGACUUCAACCAGUGCCUACAGAACGGGUCCAGGGGCAAAUUCUUCAACCCCUUUAGUAAUAAGAUGGCCUCUCAGCAGAACACAGAUAACCUGGCCACAGAACAAGUUCAAGGCCAGGAGCCCCUGCCAGGGGAGGGCUUCAUUCACAUCCGUUAUGCCCAGAAGCCUGAGGUCUCCAAUGAAGUUUCCCCAGGUCACCACCUCCCACAUGGGUACCAGAGUGAUAAACGCCGUCUAAGCAAGGCCAGUAGCAAGGCCAGAUCAGACGAUUUAUCAGUGUGACUUCCCACCGGGGGGAGCAAAGGAGGCUGGGAGAAGGAAGAUGUGUCCCUUUGACUCUCAUCAGUGCCCUGUUGUUUGGGUUCCAGAUCUCAAGGGCAUUGCCCAUUAAUUCUAAAAGGUGUGGUUGAUGCUUCACAAGCUUAAUCAGAGACACAUCUUCCCAUCCAUUGCUGACCCUUCCCCAUUCUCUACCCCAAGUACUUGGUGAAGCCUUUCAGAUUAUUCAUUGAACAGGAAGGAAAAGGAACCAUAGAAAGUUUGCUUGGGAGGAAUGGCCAGAAAGACAGAGGACUGGAUACUACUCCCAUGCCUACUGGGUUUUCCAAGACUCUAUGGCCUCCUUGAUCUGAUCAUCCUUCCUUCCCCAAAUAAGAGCUUAACGUUCACAGCCAAUUAAUGAGCUUGAUUCAAGCAACUUGCAUUUGAUGGACUCUGGGAUCUGCUAUUGUCCUGGGCUAUACCUGGUAUGGUCACCUUGGAUACUCUGGGAUUCGCCUCAUUCUGCCCAGUUUUAUUUUAAGGAGGUCUUUUUAAAGACCAUCAGCCUCCACUUUACAAGUGCCUUGACAUGUAACUCUGACCAAAGUAUGACACUGGUGAUGAGUUUCUCCUGUCCAGGUGUUCCACUAACCCCUGGAGAUGUAAGUUACUUCAGGAGUUAUUGUGCACACAGACUCCCAGGGAAUUUCUCUCACCAUUUGCCAGCUAUGGCUUUACACUUGAAUCUGAUGACAGAGAACAGCCUUUUUCUCCCUCUCUUGACAACUCACUCAGUGCUCUUUUUUUUUCUUUUUGGGCCACACCCAGUGACG